AUGGCCACUGAACUCUGCCCCGUCUACGCGCCCUUCUUUGGUGCCAUGGGCUGCACCUCCGCCAUUGUCUUCACUUGCUUGGGUGCCUCGUAUGGUACCGCCAAGUCUGGUGUCGGCAUUGCCGCCAUGGGUGUUCUCCGCCCCGACCUUAUCGUCAAGAACAUUGUUCCCGUCAUUAUGGCUGGUAUCAUUGGUAUCUAUGGCCUGGUCGUGUCAGUCCUGAUUUCCGACGGGCUGCAGCAGCCGCUGGCGCUUUACACUGGUUUCAUCCAGUUUGGUGCUGGUCUCUCCGUCGGCUUGGCCGGUCUCGCGGCCGGUUUUGCCAUUGGCAUCGUGGGCGAUGCUGGUGUCCGAGGAACCGCCCAGCAGCCACGCCUCUUCGUCGGCAUGAUUCUGAUUCUCAUUUUCGCUGAAGUCCUGGGUCUGUACGGUCUCAUUGUUGCCCUUCUCAUGAACUCCAAGGCGACGCAAAACGUUACCUGCAACUAA